AAACGAGAAAAUCUUGGAAAGGAGAUUCGAAAUGCAGUUAUUGCCCACACCUCACGACCACCAUGCCUACACGACUUGUCAACUCAAGCCCUGUACGGACAAUGAGAAGCGACGUCGUUUUCAUUUUUCAUUCCCUCCUUCCUCCACUCUCACACUCACUCAUCAACCAAACAUGCAAACCCCAUUUCCAUUUUCUGCUUCUAACAACCUCUCAACAAUCAAACGCUUAUUAUGUUGUGCAUGUUUGCUUCAAAUGGAAGAAGCACUUAGCGCCAAUCAAAGGUUUUUGCAUUUGUGAGUAGAAGAUGUCACGCCCAUUAUCAUCAUCGGAAAAUGUUGGAGAAGUGAUAGAUUUUAAGUGGGGCAAGAAGAGGGGAGUUGGUGUGAAGAACAAGGACACUCAUUACUAUGAGUCCUUCGUUUACGAGGGUGUCGAGUAUUUUCUAUAUGACUGUGUUUACUUGUUCUCUACAGACCAUGUUGAAACUAGCAUUGGCAAGCUUAUCAAGAUAUACGAGAGACCAACUCGUGAAAAGAUGAUCAAAGUUGUUUGGUUUUUCCGACCCAUAGAAAUUCGUAACUUUUUGGAAAAUUAUCAACCCUGUUGGAAUGAGUUGUUUUUGGCAUCUGGUGAGGAUAAAGGUCUUUCCAAUAUCAACUACCUGGAAUCAAUUAUUGGAAAGUGCAAUGUUGUUUGCACUUCAAAGGACAAGAGAAAUCCCAAGCCAUCAGAAACCGAGUUAAACAAGGCAGACUACUUUUUCAGUUGCACGUUUGAUGUUGGACAACGUGUAAUCAUUGAUAAAUUUACUAAUGAGAUUGAUGGAGUUAGAGUGGAGCAGUUCUUUAACAAGAGAAGGGUUGAUCGAACCAGUAAUCAUCUAAAUUUUGGGACAGAUAUUAGACCUAAAAUUGUGACUAGGACCUGUCCUAUCUCACAUUGUCAAGUUAACGAUAAAGCUGAAGGGAGAACUUCUGAGAAUACUUUUCCAAAACAAUCAUCAGUUUCCUAUCCAUAUAAAAAGAGGAAGAUUACAGAAGAGAAGCCAAACAUUUGUCAAAGUAGCAAAAUCCCUAAGGAAGAAGAAAUUAAUGAGAAGAAGGUAGAAAUCAAACAGGAUGAAAAACUCAACGCAGACAAAAGAGUUAUUGAUGUAACUGAAAGGCCAGAUGCAGACAAACGAAAGUGGUUUAAGAAAAUGCCUUGGGAUGAUAGACUGCGGAGAGCUCAAGAAUUGGAUACCUUGGUUUUACUGAAUAAUCUGGAUCCAUCCUACACAUCAUAUGAAGUAGAGGAUCUUGUUUGGUGUGCUCUCAAAGCAAAGGUUCAGGCAAGGAUGAUAGAAUGGAUCCCGAGUUCCAGUACAUACUAUGGUAGAGCAUUUGUUAUUUUUAAAACAAAAUGUGAAGCUGAAUCAGCAAUAUCCGAGUUAAACAGAAGAUUCCUUAGUCUUGGAGAAGGGAGGAUUGUCAGUGCCAUGAAGGGAAUUCUCCGUGAGCCUGACAAGAAGAAAAAAUUCACUGGCCAUUUGGUCAUUGACAGAACUGCGCCUCAAAGGCAAAACCAGGAGAUGAGAAAUGCAGUAUCAACCUCCCAUUGCUCUCAGCCCAAUACAAUAGAGUACCCGAUGUCUAUAGAAUGGUUACUGCAUUAUGCGAAGUUUAAUGCAUGUUGGAAUGCACUAUAUCAGGUGGAGCAUUGUGAAGAAUUAUUUCUUGCAAUAUAUCGCCAAUGCAUCGCAUACUAUCUUAUAUGCCUAUUCCUGUGGCUGGUUUCACAUAUUUUCUUUGCCUUGCAGCGACAAAUGAAGGAGAUACAAGAUGUGAAGAGCAAGCUUAAAAUGGACAGGAAUUUUUCUGACUAGUCAUUCUCAAAUCGAACUCGAAAGA